AACUGAUCAAGGCCUCGUCUACAGGAAGUGACUGAGUGUGGCGUUCCAUAGGUGGAGCAGCAGGCGUUAGCAUGGAGGAGACGCACGGCUCGUCUAUUGGACAGCAAGUGCACAAGAACACGCCUCACCGCCUCGCCACGCUUCAAUAUUUUGUCUUUUUUUGACGGAACUGGAGACAAGCGAACACUCCGCUCACACACUAUCACUUGCCAUCCAAAAGCUGUGUCCUGCUACAUGCGUAGCCAUGGCUAUUUUACUGUAGCAUCUCCGUGUCGGCGAGUGUUCCUCUCCUCUUUUUUUGGAUUUGUCUUUCUAUUCUUUUGUCCUCAUUUAUUCCACACUAAUGACAUCGCCCCUCUUCUUUAGUCAGCUGCUCGGGGUUCCUUUAGAAAUAAUGGAGCCCAACACCGCGGAGAAAGACACAACUUACACGAAGAUUUUCGUCGGUGGGUUACCUUAUCACACUGACGACACCUCACUUCGGAAAUAUUUCCAGACUUUCGGGGACAUCGACGAGGCGGUGGUGAUCACGGACAAACAUACCGGCAAGUCCAGGGGAUACGGCUUUGUAACCAUGGCGGACAGAGUGGCCGCAGAGCAGGCGUGCAAGGAUGCAAACCCCAUCAUUGAUGGCAGGAAGGCCAAUGUCAACCUGGCGUACUUGGGAGCCAAACCACGCAGCUCACAGACAAGUCUCUCUGCUAGGGUUCAGCAAGUCCACCCUGCAUGGGCUCAGAGGCACUACGGGCUGGGUCAUCCUUACAUCUACCCCCCAGCGUUCCUCCAGCCCAACCUGGUGCUCCCCUCUCCUUACCUGGACUACAGCUCCGCCUACACCCACUUCACUCCCUCAGGACUGGAGCACUACCCGUACAGUCCAUCACCAGGCUACCUCAGCUACAGCUUGUCACCUGGAACGCCGGUGCCCGCUCUCGCCGCAUCCCCGACCCCGCCGGCUAACACCCACCCACCUCUGGCCGCGCUCUCCACGGUUCCUGUGCCCCCACAGGCCCUGGUCCCUUACUCUGUGCCACAGCUCCACCGUGCACAGUGAUGAGCCAAUACAAUGUGACUGUGACAUCAUCAGGAUGAGACUGGACAAGAGGUGAUGCUGUAAUCAAAAAGGGCUGAUAGAAAGCACUCCUGACUUUUUGUAUAUUUUGAUGUAAUAAUUAAUACAAAUGUUAUUGCUACUGUUUCUUCAUACAACCUGAAUGUUCUUCUAAGAGAAAAGUGACUGGAGUGAAUGAGCCCAGAGACUGGCGAUCACAUGGCUCAUGCACAGCAAAUUAGGAAAAAUAAAUGUCUUAGAUUAUAUGCUGCAAAGUUUAUUGCAGGUUUAGAAACAUUCCGUUCCUCCAAUGCAGUUCUUAUUACCUCCUCUUUAAGAUUAUCUUUCUGGUCAAUCAAUAAAAUCGUCAAUAUAAUAUCAUUUGGUUACAUUUAAAGCAGGAAAGUUGUUGUUGGAUACACCGCUUCCAAAGCUGUUAACUUUGGAUGUAAAUGUUCUAUUGUUAAAGAAGAGUGCAGCAGUGUCAGGAUGGAGCUCCUCCUGCAAGCCGUUGUCCUAUUCAGAUUUGUUUCUUUGUUUCUUCUUUUGUUUUUCCAGCUGCAGAAUCAGACUGAUGCUUUAGCCAAGCUGGAUUGGCGUCCCUUGUUUAUGUGGAACCACAUUUGUUGUCUUAAACAAAGCCAUACAUCAACCUUUAGUACCAAUAUGCAAAAAUAAAAGCAAUGUUUCCUAUUACGAUUGAGGCUGGAUGAUCUUUUUUUUU